AACCAAAAUAAUAAUAAUGUCUCAAAAAACAAAUUAUGGCCAAACGUUAAUGCAUUUGCUUAAUGGAUAUAUCGGGUCUGGUAUACUGGCAAUGCCCCGUGCGUUUGCCGACGGCGGACUGAUUAUCGCCUGUAUAGGUACACCUAUUUUUGCCGUUUUGAUGAACUACUGUAUACUGUUGUUGGUAUGGAUUAACGCCCACCUGUGUCGUGAACUAGGCUCACAACCCAUGGAUUAUGAGGACGUAGCUGAAAAAGUGCUAUUAAAUGGACCGAAACCGUUAAAACGGUUUGCCAAAACUGCCCGUUAUAUUGUGAUGACAUUUUUGGUUAUAUCUCAAGUGGGCGGCUGUUCCGUAUAUAACGUGUUUAUUGCCGAUAAUCUCAAAAUUUUUUUGAUUCGUGUCAACUCAGACCAGAAUACUACUGCUCCGGCACUUAUCGGUGCCAACUAUGAUGGCUUCUGGUCCAUGUCCAUCGAGUACUACCUACUAAUUAUACUACCGAUUCUUGUAGUGUUGACCUAUGUCCGCAACAUACGUACCCUAUCGAUAGCCAGUCUAUUGGCCAAUCUCUUACAAGUGGUAGCACUAUGUAUGCUAUUAUACAAUCUGUUACGCGAUAUACCCGAUCCGGUAACCAUACAUACUGUUCCCGUUGGCAACAAAAUACCAUUCUUUUUCACUACCAGUGUGUUUGCCUUCGAAGUAGUCAAAGUGGCCAUCCCAUUGUACAAGAAUAUGGAAAAACCGGAACAAAUGAGCCAAACGUUUGGUGUCCUCAACGUCGCUAUAGUCAUAGUAUUGGCCUUUUAUUUUACAAUCGGUUUUCUCGGUUAUGUCAAAUACGGUUCAUCAGUCGAGGCCAGCCUUACGCUAUCACUGCCAGCAGAGAUACUCUACUAUUGUGUUCAGUUUAUAUAUGCCGUAGCAGUGGUACUCACGUAUCCCAUACUGUUGUUCGGUGCCAUCGAGAUGUUGUGGCCAUUGAUUGACAAACGGUUGAUCGACAAUAAGGCCAGUUAUUGCAAACGUGAGAUAUCUAACUAUUUAUUCAGAACUCUUAUGGUUUUACUCACGUUUGCUUUUGCCGCACUCAUACCUGAACUGGAGCUCAUAAUCUCAUUAUUUGCCGCUAUAAGCAUGAGUUUCAUAGCCAUCAUAUUCCCACCGAUUCUACAUUUGUUGACAUUUAGCUCUCAAAAGCAAAGUCGGUUCACAUUUAUUUGGAUGAAUGCAAUGAAUGGUAUACUUAUAGUGUUUGGUCUCAUUGGGUUUGGUUUUGGCACAUAUUAUAGCAUUAGUGAUAUUAUUAAUGAAUUCUCCAAAGAGGAUAUACAUAUUGAAGGAUAG